GUGGCGGAGGGAAGGAAGGGCGGAGGGAGGGAGGGAGCGUGACCGGGCGUGGGGCCGCGCGUGCGGGACGGCGGCGCGAUGGCGCGGCGCGGCGGAGCCGUUAUUUAGGGGCUGGCGGUGGGCGCGGGGCGCCGUGAGGCGGCGGCGCAGGGGCCAGGAAUUCUGUGCAGCAUGUUUUCUGGGUGGAACUGGGUGGCCUAUGGCUUAUAUCUACUGUUGAAUUUUUGUUCUCUUGAAGUUUCAGGUGGACUUGUACAGUCAUGUGGUCACAUCAUCCCAGAGUCUCCUGUGUUGGCCCUUGGUUCCAAUUUCACUGCAUUAUGCAUUUUGAAUGAGAGUUGUCUUGACUUUGGCAAUAUCUAUGCUAAUCAGAUUAUCUGGAAAAUUAAAAAUAGAGUGGUACCUAAAGAGCAGUAUCGUGAAAUAAACAGAACAGUUUCCAGCGUCACAUUUAAUGACACUUCUUCAUUAGCUACUCCUCUGACGUGCAACAUUUUAGCAGAUGGACAGAUUGAGCAGAACAUUUAUGGAAUUGCAGUUACAGUAGGCUUGCCCCCAGAGAAGCCCAAGAACUUAAGUUGCAUUGUGCAUCAGGUGUUAAAACUUACAUAUCCUAUGACUUGUACCUGGAACCCUGGAAGGCAUACUUUCCUGGACACUCACUUUAGGUUGAAAUACAGAUGGCCACAAGAGAACUUUCCUGACUGUAUACCAAAAGAUGUAAACAAUUCUUGUACGAUUCCUGAUGUUCAGUUCUUUGUUAACCUGGAGGUCUGGGUAGAAGCAGCAAAUGCUCUUGGGAAGGCUGAAUCUGAUCCUCUUGUUCUUGAUCCUAUUGAGAUUGUUAAACCUCUGCCUCCACACAACUUAUCAGUCAACUCAGGAAUACUGCCUACUGUUCUGAAGAUUUCCUGGGAGAACAGGAUUUCAGGAUCUGUGAUGAAGCUGAAAUUCAAUAUUCGCUAUAGAACCGUUGGAGACACAAACUGGAUGCAGGUUCCUCCUGAAGAUACAGCUUCACCAAGAACUUCAUUCAGUGUUCAAGGGCUCAGACCCUACACAGAGUAUGUCUUUUCAAUUCGUUGCAUGAAGGAAGAUGGAGUGGGCUACUGGAGUGACUGGAGUGAAGAGAAAACUGGGAUCACCACUGAAGAUAAACCAUCUAAAGGACCACCCAUAUGGAGGAUCAUUGACGCUUCUCGCUCACCAGCUUUCUGGACUGUGCGUCUGAUGUGGAAGGCAUUGGAACCAUUUGAAGCCAAUGGAAUAAUCUUGCAGUAUGAAGUGACUGUCAGAGCUAAAUCAUCUCUCUCCAGUCCACCAGAAAAAUACAACGUUAAUACCACCAACCUUAUAUUAAAACUGCCAAAUGGAACUUAUGAAGUAACUCUGAUUGCCCACAACAGAGUUGGGGCAUCCCCUCCAUCAGUUUUACUGAUCCCAGCAACUAAUUCAAAAGCUCCUGUGAAGAAUGUCAGAACACUACCUAAAGACGGCAAGUUGUGGGUAGGGUGGACUGCUCCUAACAGUUACGUUCUUAAAUACGUGAUCGAAUGGUGUCUGGUGUCCAACAGCUCAGACUGCGUCAUAGAAUGGCAGAACGAACCAGGAAAUGUUCAAGGAACAUACUUAAAAGGUGAUAUAAAGCCGUUCAAGUGUUACUUGAUAACUGUGUACUCUCUGUACGCCGAUGGUCAGGGAAGUGGACAGUCUGUGAAGGCUUAUCUUCAGCAGGAUCGUCCUUCAAAAGGACCAACUGUUCAGACAAAAAAAGUAGGAAAAGCUGAAGCUGUUUUGACAUGGAACCAUCUCACAGUGGAUGAACAAAAUGGAUUUAUCAGAAGUUACACCAUAUUUUACAAAACUGUUGAUGGAAAUGAAACAGCUGUGACAGUGGAUCCUUCCGAGACAGAGUAUACGCUUUCUUCUCUAACCAGUGACACACUGUAUACUGUGCGGAUGAUGGCAUACACAGAUGAAGGAGGCAGGAGUGGUCCUGAUUUCACAUUUACUACACAAAAAUUUGGGAAAGGAGAAAUUGAAGCCAUAGUUGUACCUGUGUGUCUGGCAUUCCUGUUGAUUGUGCUCCUUGGAGUUUUGUUUUGCUUCAACAAACGUGACUUAAUUAAAAAGCAUAUCUGGCCUAUUGUCCCUGAUCCAUCCAAGAGUAACAUUGCUCAGUGGUCUCCUCAGGUUCCAGCUAAGCAUAACUUUAGUUCCAAAGAUCAGAUGUACCCAGAAGGCAGCUUUACAGAUGUAAGCGUCGUAGAAAUAGAAGCUGAUGACAAGAAGUCUUUUUCAGAACAAGAUCUAAAACCCUUUGACUUGCUUAAAAAGGAAAAAAGUACUUCAGAAGGACACAGCAGUGGUAUUGGAGGAUCCUCAUGCAUGUCUUCUCCUAGGCAAAGCGUCUCUGACAGCGAUGAAGGUGAAACUACACAAAACACUUCAAGCACUGUACAGUAUUCAACUGUAGUGCUUAAUGGCUACAGAGACCAAACACCUGUACAAGUCUUUUCAAGGUCUGAGUCGACUCAGCCACUGCUAGAUUCAGAAGAGAGAUCAGAAGAUCACUCUGGGGGGGGUGACGGUACAUCACAGAGGCAACAGUAUUUCAAACAAAAUGGUGGUCAGGAUGAAACCAACACAGACAGGCCAUGCUUUGAAAGAACAAAGCAAAUUACUCCAACUAACGAGGGGGAUCUUGUGGGAUUUGCACAACUGCAGAUCUCAGGUCAGAGUUCGCAGCUGCUGGGCCUUGGGCUAGAAAAAAAUACCCAGGAAGCUGCUCUGCCAGAUGUUUUACAGGCAAGUAUCGAAGGACAAACUGUGAGACCUGGAACAGUGGAAGGAAAUCCACCAUCAGCUGAUGAAAUGCCAAAAAGUUACCUCCCACAGACUGUGAGACAAGGAGGCUAUAUGCCUCAGUGAGAGAAGAGACUGGCUCUGUUUAGGCCUUCAUUAGUGCCUGUUCACACUUUCUCCUGUGUUUCCAAUAAAUUAAGCUAGGAAUUUUUAUCUGAAUCCAGCUAGAAAUAUUGAAAUUAAGUGAAGAGCAAUUUGACAAAGUACAAGGACCAUGUUUUUGUGGAAAAUUUGCAGUCCAGACCUACUGGAGACUCACCUUUAUGCACUACACAAAAUCUUGUGUCUGGAUAGCUGAACAAGCCUUUGUGCUACCUUGGAUUUUUUGUGUAUUGUCAUAUCAGAUCUACACGUGAUUGAAAAUGGCAAGUUUCAGUUAAUCACAACAGCCAAUAGACCUCCCAGAAGAAACACUUCAAUUUGUGGCAGUGUACAAGCCUAAAAAGCCAGCUUUAGUUGCUUGGAGCAUCUUUGUGCAGAAGACUGAAGCAUAGUAUUCUAAAGUGGACGAAUACUUGGGUCAUACACUUUCCCGUAGCUUGAUUGACUUUCUGAAUUUUGACUUGGCCCAGUGUCUCAGUUUCCAGUUCACCAGACCUGCAAAUCAUGUUCGUCCACAUUUAAAAAUUAUAAAAAUUAAAUAGAACUUGCUAUGGUGUGCAAAUAAGAAAACACCAUGAUUGCUUGACUCUGAAUGCUACUAUAUUAAUUGAUAUUCUGCCUAUGUUUAGGUAUGCGUGCACAUGAACUAUAUAAUAAUUUGGCCUAAAAAUGUGCCUUGCAAAUUGACGCACAGCAAUUCAAUCUCACGUUCAAAAGUUUAAAAAUCCAGAAGAAAACACAGAUUAACAGUUACAUAAAGGUUUUGUAUCCAAAUCACUGUCUGAUUAUGUCAUACCUCUCUGAUCAUAUAAAUUGCCUUUGUUUAAGCUGUAUACAGCUUGAGAGGCAAGUAACGAGCUCUAAGUUUUUACCAUUUUUCUAACUGCUCAGGAGAAAGGGAAUAUGACCUUCUUCCUGAUUGCCUACAACAAUUAGUGUGCUGUAACCUCACCACUAAUGCUGCAGGACUUCCUUGAAACUGAAAGCAGCAAAAUAGCAAAGCAUUGAAGUCACUGAAGCUUUUGGAAGAAAAAAAAAAAACCUACACCCUGAAUUUGAACAUUACUGGUAGUAUGUAUCUAUUAGCAAUCAUGAGCCACAAAUAAUGUGUCGUUUUUAAAAUUCAUUACUUUUUUGUAGUGUCUCGCUUUUCCCCUGUUUAUACAGUUGGCCUUUCAUUUCUUGGAGACUGUCUCUACCAGGGUUUAAAGAAAAGUGAAGUUAAAUUAAAAUAAACCCCUUCUCCAAUGAUAACUAGAAGUUUUAUGGCACUCUUGGAGAUUAUUUUUUUUAACCUCAAUUUAGCCUAGUCAGCUUUCUAAUCUGACACUACUAAAGCCUCAGUUCAAAACACUAAAUGCUGUGUGGUGAGAAUAAAACAAGUGUUUUAUUUCUCCUUCAGCAAAAGAACUAUGUAUUUUAAACUACCUGAAAUCUUUUGUGCUGUCACCUCUGGUGCUGCUGUUCUGCAAAGCACUUACUAAAGGCCCUGGAAGGGGCAGGUGUCAGUAUCAUUUCAACUUCCCUUGUCCUUCUCUGCCAGCUUGCAUGGAAGGACAGGUACGCAUAUAAGUGUUCACGCAUGUCUUCUGCUUUUGUUACAAAGAAAUUCAAUGCUAGAGUAAAUUCAUAAGAUGACCUCUUGAAGUCUGGACUAUUCGAACAGAUAAAGAAUGCAGAAUCUUUAAUAACAUUUCAGUAUUCCACAGGUCCUUUCUCCCAUUUUUUUUUGUAUCUGGGCACUUUUUUAAACUAAACGGCUGUGUUACAGCUUACUAUAACUACACCUUUGUUCAGCCAGUCCCUUUCCUUUUCUCCCCACGCCACUUCAGCACCUUCAAACUCCCUUCCAGAGGCCGAGGGCAUAAUGAAGACUAUGCUGUCACAAGACAGGAGAGAAUCUCUUUCGUUUUUUCAGAGGUUGAGCAUUACUUUGUCAGAACACGUUUCUUUUGGAAAAUAAUAGCUGUUACUUCACUGGGGGAUGGGCCAUCUUCUCUAUGCAAACUUCAUAGUGACUGUAGAAACAGCAAGUAAAAGGGAAAGUCUCCGUUGAGCAAUGUGUGUGCUUACUAGAACUGCCCUGCAGCCACGUGCACCUAAUCCACCUCCUGCUCAUCCCUGAAAUAUUGUGGGCCACAACCUGGCUACUUAGUCUGAAAAUUGCUUCAGAGGCAUGGAUUUUUGCAAAAACAUGCUGAUGGUGUUGUCUUUUUUUUUUUCCCAAUUGUUUUUUGUGAUCCAGUGAUGCUAACUUCUGAUAGCAUAUAUUGUAUUGAGGGACAACUUCAUUUGUUCCUGAAGUUGCGAUUUGCCUGUCUAUUGUGGAAAAGGAAGGCAUUUUGUUCUCAGUUGCUGUUAAUCAUGGACCAUUUCCAACGUUAAACAAACAGCAUCAAGAGAUGCUCCUUUUUAAAGGUCUGUGCUAACAAGAGUUCUGGCCUGUCACUUCUGGCAUCCAUCUUUCUUUGAUGUUUAUGGGCCAGUGGUAAUAAACUGACAGCACUGUACAGGAGUGUUUCCUAGAGAGCAUUCUGUCAGUCUGGCAGUUAUAUUCUAUCUUCAGGCUUGUGCGUUUAUCUAGGGCUAAAAUACUGAAGACUAAGCAGGAGAUACUGGAGGGUUAUAAAUUACAGGUUUACAGCUUGUUUGUAAGCCUAUGUGCCAAAUACUAUAUCAUGCAGUGUUCAGGGUUUGGCUUGAUUUUAUUCUUUGGAUCAUAACAAUCUAAUUGUAUCAAACAGUUGCGUGCAUGUUUUUAGAGUGUCUGUAAUGUAAUUAUAGGCAACCAACUGAAAUUCUCUGAACUUGGCCCUAGCAUAGUAAUUAAAGAAAAAGCUUCCCACCCCUCUCCCCAAUAACGAUGGUGCACUUUACAAAAUAAAAGUAUUAUUAAAAUAAAAUCACACUUCAGUAUUGACACUUUCAUGUCCAUCUUAAUUACCUGGACUGGAAUUUUUCAAGUAGGGGUGGGAGAAUAGUUGUAAAGACCUUGUUAAUUUGGUGGCAGAAAGGGAGGCUAGUAGAAAUACAAAGUAUUUUUCCUGCAUUAGCAUGUUUGAAACAUCUCUUAAGUGCAGGCUGGCUGACUGCUCCUCUGUUUAGAAGAAAAGUAAAUAUAUUUAUCUCUGUAGAUCUGUUGCAGUGGUCCUGUAAGAACAGGAUGCUGUUGGUUUUUUUUUCCUGAGGUGUGUUGGCUUGCUUUCAGGGCAGUUAGUCUGGGAAUAUCCUCCCCACUGUAGUGAAAUCCUUGGGGUUACACUUCAUACGCCCUACUGUAGUGUGAACUAAACUGCCUGUUAAGGCUUAACCUGGCAGCACAAAGCACAGCAGGGCAAAAAUUUUUCCAGACUUCAUUCUGGAGUGCUUGUGACAAGCAUGUGCCUGUCUGUGCUACAGUAGCCUAGCAAAAUGCUAAUUAUCAGGACUGGAAAAACUUGGCCCUGGGAGGAGGGGGCAGUUUUAGCAUGCGAGGGCUGAGUCCAGUUCUUGGGCACGGGAGAAGCCCCAUGGCCUGGGGUGGGAUUUGCAGCUUCAGCUUGGACUGUAAACCAUGGGCACCACCAGAUAGUUAAAACUUGCAUUAGUGUGCCCAAUAUGUGGGAAUCGCCACGCUGAUUUAACUUCAGUAAUUGAACUUGUUUAAUUAGUACCAGGUCUUGAAUAUCCAAGACCCACAUCAAUGUACGCUGCCAUGGUAUUGACUUCACACUGGGAUCUGAAACUCCAAAGACUCUCAUAUUGUUAAUAGUCAGCCCUGCUCCAGGACAUACACAUUUUAAAUUGUAAUUUAUGUGCAUUAAAUGGGACUAAAUAUACUAGUUUACUUUCCCUGAGACAAUUGUAAUUAAUUGUUAUUUGGAUACAUUCCUUUAACUACGUUAAAAAGUUCUCCUGGCUGAUGGAUUGUAAAACUUCAUUAAUCCCCUGUAACCUGUUGUCUGUUUGCUAGGAUGGAUACAUACAGUCAUUUUAAAUUCCAAGAGUUGCAUUUAAUGUUAUUUGGAAGCAGUUGAUAACAAAAGUGUUGAGUGUCAUGAAACAGCCAUUUGGGAAUUACAACCAACCCCCCAGUCUUCAGCUUAGCUCUUGAUCCAGAAAAUUGCAGUAAAAUGGAGGUAUAAGUGCAAAAGUCUAGAGAAGGGUCAAAUUAAGUAUUUUGCUUUGGAAUCAAAUUCCUAUUUCUCUUCCUUAAAAGGGAAAGGAUCGGUUAAAAAAAAAAAAAAGCUAAAAAGCGUAUGUGUGUUUGCUUUCACUGCUGUUUCCUUUGUAGUACUUGUGCAAUCUGAGCCAUUCCUGGAAAUGAAAACAGUGCUGACUUAAUGCACAAGGAUGCAUUUUGAGGCCACAAGAUUUGGUACAAACAAAUUUAAAAUUAAUGGCUAAAGGCUAGAUCGCAACAAUUGUCCACUUCCCCACUUCCCCCCCCCCACCUUAAUUUUAGUGCAGAGAGAGGGUGGGCAGUAUGUGCCUCCCAGAAUGCAACCUUAGCCAGUACUUGUGCUUAUUUGCAACCUUGAAGGGGAUAUAUGCAAUAAAGUCAUCGAUACUCUGCAGAAGCACACUUCUGUAACAAUAGGUGAAAAACACAUAAUGGCACAACAGUCCGCACUCGGCAGGAAAGUUCCGCGUCCUCCUGCUCAGGCUGAAGCGUCUCCUGCACCCAGCACCGGCCCUUCUUCUCCGGUGAAUGCAGGCAUGGUGGACGAGCAUUCUCUGCAACAGCCAUCGCUCUUCUUCAUAUCAAAGCACAUUCGUUAGUGGAUCCAGUCAACUUGCCGUGUUUUUUUUUAACACACCAGUCUUGUUUACAGUGUCACGUAUGGCCUGACACUUUGAUACAGCCGUGGAUUGCCUAGUAACCAAGUGCUUUUAUUUGAGGUUAAGGUCACUGAAUGUUGCUGUGUGCAGAUACAUGCGUCUAGCUUAGCGGAGGCAUGGGACAUGGGGAUAAACAUACUAACAAGGAAAGUGCCUUGAUGCUGGAUUGGAUGGCUAGUGAAUGUAAACAUUAAGUAAAAAUUUUACUAUGUACUUAAAAGUUAUGUAUCGCUGAUUAACCUACUGGUAAUUUGAAUGCCAGCUUUAAAGGGCUUGCAUACUCUGGCCAGAGGUUAAACUUGUAAAUUGCUGCAUAAGCUGUCUAUACCUGGAAAUGUGUUUUAAUACCAGUACACUAUUUUCAUUCUUUUGCAAGCUGCAUGUUUAUUGUCAUAUAAACUCUGCUUUCUACAAUUUACUUUAUGGUCAGUGUUGAAUGUCUUCUUCUUUGUUACCCAACUGAGCCUGAAUGUUGCAUUUGUCUAGUACAUAAUAUAACAAAACAAAACAAAA